ACGAUACAUCAGAAAUAUAGUAAAUCAAAGACAAAUUUAAUAACACAGCAGUCAAUCACAGCUGUGUUGCCGGACUUUUACUUUGAAAAGAGGAAACGCAGUAAAUGAGUUGAGGAAACGGGUGCUUGCGUACUAUCAGCGCAUUUUAGCUAAAAACAUCAAACAACAUUUCACAUUUAUUUCUCAAAGUUACUGGAGACAUAUUGCACCAAUGGAGAUUAUUGGGUCAAUAGAGAAAAUAUUUGACCCAAACCCCCCUCUUUCAUCUCUUCGCCUACUGGUGCCUCCACUGCAGCUUCUGUCUGCUGCAAUGUGGCAGCUGGCGAAGCAGAAAGAUGUUAUGAAUUAUGAGAAGCUGCAGGAGUUUGUGUUCAUGGUGACAGAGGCAGUCCCUGAACUGAUCAACCACAGACAGAGAGCCCAGCUCAUUCUUGGUCUAAGAGCGAGGCUCAUUCUGGAACUUUGCAAAGAUUCUGUUCGGGGAUCUGUCGAUUCUCAAUUGAUCCAGAGCUACUUGGAUAGACUCCCAAUCACCUCUGCAAACACAGAUAACAGGGAUGCAGAGGUGCAAACAACGGAAUCAACUUUCAUUGCACUUGUUCAGAGCCUGCUGAAGGAUCCCGUUGAGAGAGCUUAUUUCUUUCAGGAGGUGUUCCCAGUGGAGUAUGGAGCACAAUAUGAUGCUGCUUUGCACGUGUUAUUGUGGGAGUUGCUCUCAAAACUGGAAAGGCUGCUUCCAGUACCAGACUUAAAACAGACUGUGGCCUGGCUCGGCUCUGCUCCUUCCUUGUUAGAGACAUGUGUUCAGUCUUCACUUGAAGAGCUGGGCUUAACAUUCAAGCACUACAAAAGUUCAGGACUACUGAAAAUGCCAUAUGGCCCUUCAUCCACCAUUGGUAGCUGCAUCAUGUCUGCUUUAUCUAUUCCUCCUUCGCAAAAGACAAACAUCUCUGUUGGACCGGAAUCAAUCCACAACUACGCUAACAUACUACACCCCAUCACUUUUGUUGGAGCAGAUGGGUAUAGUGUCGUUGCCGUCUACACUGUAGAGGAAGUUCAAGCCUCUAAAGUAGAUGAAGAAAUGAUCGAGUCUGCUGAAGUGCAAGUUCAAACUGACUUCUACGAGGAAGAGAUAGUGGCUGUUAGCGCAGAUAACACCAGUGGUGAAGAGGCUACUAGCUUGAGGGCAGAAGAAACAAGUGAGACUGUGGAUGUCGCUAAAGCUCUGGAGACUCUGACAAAGACUUUUGCACUAAGGAAGGAGAGCCUUGGUCAAGAUGUUAUAACAGGAAAAAGUAACGAUUCAUCUUUUAAUGAUGGGCUUCAGUCAGGAAAUGCAGCAGAGGAAAUAAAAACACAUGAAACCAAAGACCAAACACCAGAGAAAAUAGAAAAUGUUGAAGAGGUGAAGGAGAAUCUUCAUCCUGGAGGCAUAGAGAGCAAUAUAAACUCUUCUACAGUCUUGAAUGAUGACCAUGAGUCAGUUUCUGUCCAUGAAGAAAUGGCAGAUGUCCUCAGUGAAGAUGCAGCCUAUGAAAUACAAGAGUCUCCUACCACUUCAGCUAAUGCACGCCGAUCCACUCGUCUACAAAAGAAGACGUCACCCAGUUGUCAGGAGAUGUGUAAAACCCAGAGGUCAUCCAGGGAAAGCAGUGAAGAACCAAAAAAUUGCGCUUUCAGAGCUGAAGCAUCUGUUGCCCCCUCUGUUAUAGCCAUCAAAGGAAUUGACAAAGGUGAUUCGGACGAGAUGACAUCCAUCAUCUUCACCUGCUCUCAGUGUCCCUUCCACACGUCGGACGAUAACAGCCCUCCUCACUUCCACAUGCAGAGCGUUCGCACUGAAGUAUACAGGACGCUUGCAGGAGCCAAAAUGACUCCUUCUCCUUCCAGCUCAGAUGAAAUAUUCACAUCCAUUAAACUCUUCCCCAAAGGAAACACAGAGGAGAUUAAAGCAGAACAACCAGGUAAUCAAAGCAAAGAAAAUGUGACUGAGUCCCAAAGCAAGCAGAAGGCCCUCACCUGUGGAACGUGCGGCAAGACAUUCACUCGGUCGUCAGAUGUGAGGAGACACCAGCUGACGCACACUGGAGAGAGACCGUUUCACUGCUCACAGUGUGACCGAACCUUCCAGCACUCGUGGGAUCUGGCCAAACACGAGAGUAAAAAUCACGGCGUGGCCAUUUCCUUCUCCUGCCAGCAGUGCGGGAGCUCCUUUGCCAACCUCCGCGCUCUGACUGUCCACCAUAAGAAGUCUCACUCUAAGGAGAUCCAGCUUCCUCAGAUCUGCUCCAUCUGCAGCCACAGCUUCGCCACUUCUUCCGAGCUUCUCGAGCAUAGGAAGUCUCACGUCACCAACAAACGCUACAUCUGCCAGCAGUGCGGCGAAGGCUUCGACUCCCUGCUCGCGCGCUCUCAACACCGGCAGAUGCAUAGAGUGAAGAGUCAGUUUAAGUGUCCGCAUUGUGAGAAGACGUACACACGGAGAUCUGAUGUAAAGAGGCAUCUAUCCACACACACUGGGGAGCGACCUUAUCAGUGUAACCAGUGCAGCAAACGGUUCUCGCUCUGCUUCAUGUACAUAAAACACCUCCGCGUUCACACAGGGGAGCGGCCUUUCCAGUGCUCCCACUGCCCAAAGAGGUUCACGCUUGUGUCUGUGCUGGCCAGACACGAGAGGAUGCACACCGGGGAGAAACCUUUCCUUUGCUCUCAGUGUGGGAAGGGCUUUCUAUCGCAGGGAGAGCUUUCAAAACAUCACAGGUCGCACGUGGAUGACAGACCCUACUCCUGCGAUCAGUGCGACAAACGCUUCAAGAGCAAGAAAACACAGCAGGAACAUAUCGUCACCCACACCGGCGCCCGCCCGUACCCAUGCACCGUCUGCGGGAAGGGCUUCACCAAACCGUACGCACUGACCAGACACAACCUCAUCCACACGGGAGAGAGGCCCUUCCCUUGCACUCACUGCGAGAAGUCGUUCCUCACCCUCAGCGAGGCUCAACUGCACCAGCGCAUACACACGGGGGAGAGGCCGUACCCCUGCAACAUCUGUGAGCUCAAGUUCAAGAGCUCGUCGGAGCUGGCGCGACACAAGAGAAGCCACUCUGGGUUGAAGUCACUGAAGCCGUACUGUGAGCAGUGCAUGAAAACCUUUACCUCGAAGGCCAAGCUGAAGAAACACAUGGAGAAACACGUGGAAGAGAGAGAAGCAGCUCAGACAGUGGACUCUAUAACGCCUGAUAAAUCAAAUGAAUAAUGGAGACUAUUUCAGAGUUUUAAAAGGAGUGGAAUUAUGAACAGGAAUGUAAAAGGAUGCUUUAUCAAAGAGAAAAAUGUGCCUGCAGCUAGGUUUUCACUCUACGGACUUCUAUCAAGUGUGGACAAAGAUUUGGUACAACCUUCUAGCUUUGAGUACAUUUUUACUCAAAUACAAUUUUAAUAGAUUGGUUUUUCUUCCGUGCAUCUUUUCUCUAUCGUCUUCAUUUUGCUUUAAAGAUUGCAAAAGGAGUUUGCAGAACUUUGUUUGAAAAGAAAAAUCACAGAUGUUCAUUAUACACUCCAUUUCUUUCUGUCAAUACAGUAUGAUAUAUCGCAUUGAGUUGCACAGAUUCAAUUUCAGUUUAAAUUAAAACAAAAAGAAAGCAAAAGAAUUGGGACAUCUACCAUCAAUUAUUAUUAACCCCAGCUAACAAGUCCAGAAACGUCCCUUAAGUUAAUGAUUGUGAAAUUAAAACCACAAUUACAGUGAAUAAAAAAAUGUGCAUGGUCUACACUAGACAGGGCAUAAAACUAAAACCUGUAACGCAAUAAAACAUAUUUUAUAAAAUG